AUGAUAGCACUGAUUCUGCUUUGUGUCCAGGCCUCCGCCCAUUGGGUUCGAGGAGUCUCGCCAGAGAGCCAGGCGGUCUACCAGCCCGACGAAAACGGGCUUUGGCGGUGUCUGGGCGACCCGCAAAUCGUCAUUUCCGCAGACAAAAUCAACGACGACUACUGCGACUGCCCCGACGGCUCUGAUGAGCCAGGCACCUCGGCGUGCGUGGGAACGCAGUUCUACUGCGCCAAUGAAGGGUUUUCGCCCGGCUACAUCCCCUGGUUCAAGGUGAACGACGGCGUUUGCGACUAUGACGUGUGCUGCGACGGGUCCGACGAGCCAGAGGGGCUUUGUCCGUCGAAAUGUGCCGAGAUGCACGCCGCCUGGGAAAAGGAGAACCAGAAGCGUGACGAGAUCGUCCGCAAGGGACUCGAGAAGAAAGAAAAACUCGCCCACCAGGUGUUCAAGAAACGCAGCAGACUCCAGCACGAUCUCCACCAAUUGGAGUCCAAGAUCGCAGAGCUCGAGCACGAAUUGCACCAGUUGAGCAAGAUCCGCACCUACAGCCAGGAGGAGAAUGAGAUCGUGGCAGUCUUCAACGAUCUCACCGCCAAGGUCGAGAAACUUUCCGAGGAAGCCUCUGCCAAGAUCAGCCAGCUCCAGGCCCAGCAGGACAGUCUGCAGAAGCUCGAGAACGUGCUGGACACCAUGAACAAAGAGUACAACCACAAUUUCAACGACCCGGCCGUCAAGGCCGCUGCUCAGGCGUUCCAGGAGCACUCUGUCAACGAGGGACUCCAACGGGACAAGGAACAGACUCCUAUUGAUUUGGGCGACGCGUUUGCUGGGCUCAAACAUGAGCUCGAGGCGGCCGAGAUCAAGCUCCACAAACUGGUGUCGAAGCCAGCCUCGUCCAACUACAGGUCCACGUUCAAAGCGAUGGUGAACUCGUUUUUGGGCGUGGCACGCAAGCCAGCCGAGAUCACGUCGCUGAUCGACGCAGAGCGCCGCAAGAACGAGAUCGAGGACGAACUCAAGCCGCUGAGGAAAGACCAAGCUGCCAAACAGAAGCAGCUGGACGCCGAUUACGGCCCAGACAACAUUUUCCUGGCCAUGAACAGCUGUGUACGCAACAAGAUCGGCACGUACGACUACCGACUGUGUUUCACGGACAAGCUGGAGCAGAUCAACAGCAACGGACAGGCCACUAGAAUUGGCCGCUACGAACGAGUCGAGUACGACAAGAACAACCACCAGAUCAAGCUGAUCUACGAACAUGGAGACAAGUGCUGGAACGGUCCAGUGAGACGCGCAGAGGUCCAGGUUGUUUGCGGGGUGGAUGACGAGAUCAUUGCCGUGACCGAGCCGGAGAAAUGCGAGUACUCGGUCAAGAUCCAGUCGCCAAUUGGCUGUUUCAAGGACUAG